AUGGCUGGAGACCCAGAAAUCUUCACUGAUUUUAUAGUCCCCCCAAAUGUCACCAACGUUGAUGAGAAUUUCUUCACAUUCACUGGCUUGCGUGACCUUUUUAAGGGAGGCCCUUCCACAACCCUCAAAGUCUCGAAAGUAAGCUUGGCUAAGUUCUCUGCUAUCAAUGGGCAGAGGACUUGUGCACUUCCAUACAAUGCUGAUGCACAAAUACCUGUUGCAGCGAUUGCAGCAUUUGGGAGUGCAAAUGCUGGAACCGUUUCAAUUCCCAACACUUUGUUCACUACUGGCAUUGACGAUGUUGUCUUGGCUAAAUCCUUCAAGACCAAUACUACCACCAUUGAAGCUCUUAAGGCUGGUCUAGCUCCUCCCACGCCUUGA